AAGUUUUUGUGUUCCUCCCAGUGGCUCAUAUGACCAAGAAAAAAGAACCCUUCAAAAAAAGAGCUCAUUACUCAUUAUCUCAGCGUACAAAGAUGAAUUGUUCCUCUCCUGUCUCGACCGCUGUGCAGUGGUACACGAUCAUGCAAUGUGCCAGAAUAAAUUUUUACCUCAUCCCUGCUGCUCUCCUCACCACCAGCACUUUACUGCUCGACUCCUUGCUUCUCUUCUGCAUCCUCCGGAACUCAUCCCUCCGUCAGGAAACACGAUACCUUCUCCUUGGCAACACCUUCUUGGCAGAUGCUCUGUUCCUCUUGAUCAACCUUGUCAAAGUGUCCUCCAACGCUCUAGAUAUAGAAAUCCCUUAUAUCUGCUGUCAGGCCAUAAUUUUCACUACAGUGACGACAUUCUGCUCCUCUGUCCAAACAGUCACUUUAAUGGUCAUUGAUACCUUUGCUGCAGUGCGCUGGCCAUUACAUUACAACAAGAUUCUGCCACGUUCUCGAAUUAUAAAGAUCAUUGGAUUUGUGUGGGCAUUCAAUGCACUGGUCUCAAUGGUUCUGUUGCUGGUUACGGAGCUUAGUAAUGACAGCAGACCUGAAAGUCUUAAGGUUUGUGUGGUUCUCAUUGCUCUAGCAUGCGUAAAACAGUUACAGUUUGUACUGCAAGUGUACUACAACGGCUGGGUGGUUGUCUGUUCUGUCCUGGUCGUCUACUGCUACAUUCGUCUCUACAACGUCACAAAAAGCUCAGGAAUAUGGAGUAGUCGCUACUCGCGGGCUCGACAGACUCUGUUAGUUCAUUCUUUGAUGCUGGUGAUGUACUUCGCACCCUGUCUGGUUUUUACUGUGCAGCUAGCAAAAUUCGACAGGCUGAACAAGGACGUUAACGUGUGGCUCAAUACAAUGAACCUGACUGUGCUGAUGCUGCUGCCACGUGCUUGCUCUCCAUACUUGUAUGGCCUUCGCAAUCGCAAGAUCUACGACACGGUGAAGCUAAUGCUGUGUAGAAAAUGUCUCAAGUCAAAUGACACUCACAGCGUUCAAGCCCAUGCAUCAUAAUGCCUUGCUCACGCUGGGCUCUCGGCGCUGGACCAGUCGUGUAGUGUGAACUGCUUAAAGACGCUCGCAAAACAAACAUCCAGCAGGUUUAAUAUCUAGACCAGUCGCCGACUGUGAGUCAGAAGCAGCAACUACGUGCAACCAAUGGGAUCACCUAUAGAGAGAACAUAUCACCUAUUGAGCCAACAUGUUUUUUACGCCCACGAGUUGGCGAUUUCCCAAGGGAAAAAUUGUAAAUGUAUUGUGUGACCCCAUAUCACUGAUCAGUCAUGUAACAACAGCACAAUAAGUCAUGUAUCGUGAACAGAGAUGUAUAGUAACAAAGUAAAACUACUUCACUACCAUACUUAAGUAGUAAAAUGC